CGAGGUCACUGUAAUGGUGGGAGAUUUCCGGUGGAAGUACCCAUAUAAUAACACUAUAAUAAAUAGAUUAAGUAAUUGAACGAUAAAUGACAUUAAUUAGAUACAUAAUUGUUUUCAAAAGUAAUGGAACUGGCUGUGUUUUUGAAUAAGUUUUCAUAGAAAUUAGAUAGAGAUCUGCGGGUUUUUUCUUGUUCAAAAGAGGAGAUGAAACUGCAUGGAGUUUUGAAUACUGAAAUUUUCUGAUGAGUUUUCUUACAGGACUCCGCAAAAAAAUUUUAAAAAUAUAGGCUUUUAAAAAGGUUUGGAUGUUCGGUUUAUCAUCAAAAAGAGUAGAAAAAAAGUCAAUUUUUCUCAAAAAUUUGCCAAUAACAUGUAGUACAAUGUUAAUAAUUCCAUGACUGACGAAACUCUUCGACAUUGAACUUUCAUAGAUUAUUAAGCUUUAGCUAGUAAUUCAAGUUCACUACAGCCAGAAAAGUCUAACAAAAUUUCAAAUUUGAGGACAUAACAGAAAUAUUAAAAUAAUGAAGGUCCAUAUAAUAUGAAUGCAACAGAAAUAGCUGAUUCAGAAUAGACAAUAUCAGUCACUGUGCAACAUAAAAUAUUAAUUAUCCAAAAGAUAAUUGAAUCAUCAUGAAUACUUCGAAACUAAAUUUCAUUAGAUGAAAAUUUCAAUUUUAGAAAGAAAUUUUAUAAUAUUAAAUGCGUAGUUGUCCAAGUCGUCAAAUACUUAAUUUGUUUCUAUAUUGGCAUGCUUGAUAGUGACAUCAUUGUUGUCUGGUGUUUGACCGAUAAAUCUGACUAUUAGAAAUAAAAUUUCUAAUACUGUUUUACUAAAGUUGAACUAGUUAUUGAACGAAUCGAAAUCCAUGCAUUCCUCGUCAGUUACACUAACGAACAUACAUCUUCAGUUUGUGUACUGUAGAGGCACAUAAUAUGAUCUUAUAGCUGAUUGAAUCCAAUAAGAUAAAACAUGUAUAUUGACAGCUAAUUUCAAUUCAUCUUUUAAAAGACAAAAUGUGAUUAGAUAUAAACAAGUUUAACUUGCAGACACUUUGAUGUACCAUAUCUACUGUCUUAUGAAAUGAAAUAUUUUAUAAUAUUAAUAGUAAAUUUAAUUAUCUGGAUAUUAGUAUCUUUUAUUAUGCAACAAAAAUUAGUUAUAUUAUUUUCAAUAUUUAUUUCUGUGUUCAUUGCUUUCCUAUUUACUUUUUCACGUUAUACCGAAAAAGAUGAUUCCGAUAUGUUGCAGAAAUAUUUAGUUAUCAAACAAGAUUUAUUGUCUGUUAUGACAUUUAACAUUCGUUUCGAUGGAAUAGAACAUGAUCCAAAUAAUCAUUUUACGAAAAGAGUUUAUCGUUUAACAGAAACUAUUGAAAAAUGGCAACCAUCUAUUCUAAAUGUACAAGAACCAUUUGCCAAUCAAUUACUUCAUUGGAGAUCUCAUUUACCAACAUAUUAUCAAUAUAUUGGUUAUCAACCUGAUGGCAUCGAUAGAAACUUAGAACAUCCAUCCUCUCGUAUGGAUUUUCAAGUUGCUAUUUUAUAUAAUAAUCAAGUAUUAAAAUUAAUAGAACAAGAUUAUAGAUGGUUAUCAAAAUCACCAUGA